AUCCUAUUGAGUUUUCUACCUCGGAGCAGCCGCCGAUUAAUAUUGCUGAUCGUGGAACUUUACUAGCUCCUAUCUUGGAGAAGCAGCCGAUCAAUAUUGUUGAUCAUGAAACUUUUAUAUCUCCUUUCUUGGAGCAGCAGCCGACUAAUAUUGUUGAUCAAGAAAUUUUUCUAUCUCCUUUCUUGGAGGUGCAGCCGACUAAUAUUACAUGCAAUAUUCAAGAGAAUGACAAGGACGAUCAUGAAGCUCUUAUUCCUUAUCAUCAUCAUGAGUUUGUAGCAGAUUGCUACACAGAGCAGCAGCCAAUCAAUGAAGCUCAUGGCCAUGUUCCAAAUAUUCCACUCAUAGGAUCAGAACAAGAAGCUGAAAUAGAAGAAAGGAUCCAAGAACUUAUAAAUUCGUUGACGACAAUGAAUGUUUCGAGUUUGCCUAUGGAAGAAGAUGAUGGCAUUCUGAAUUACGAUGCGCCGUUUUAUCAGGACUUACUUGAAUCAGUAUGCUACCCUCCGCCCCUCCCCAAAGAAAGCUCUAAAACUCUAGGAAGCUGAGCACUGAUCAAGAUAUUUAGGGUAAAAUAGAUUAGAUUUGAAUAGGAUCUUGGAAGAAUAAUUGCAUUUCGAUUAUCCAUAGUUGUGUACGUUUAGUUUUCACUAAAUAAAAAAUCCACAUUCUUCUUAUGUUUAUAUUCGGUGGUUGUGUGUCUAGAAGUUGCAAACUUGGUUCCAGUCUCGUAGUUGACAAAAAAAAAGUAAGAAGAAACAACAACUGAAAUUUUCCCAACCCAAUUUAUUACUAAUAAAUCUUUAUAUAUAAAGAAGAGUUUAAUCUCUCCUGAUGAUGCCAGCUAGGAUGCCAGCUUGGAAAUAGGAUUCCUGUAGUGAAGACACAUAGGAUCCGCACCGUUUCACUAAACUUCGCUGUUGGGCUUCGUUACGCGCUGCGGCCCAUCGAGACAGUCUUCUGCGGAAGCCCUAUCAACUGCUCCCCUCCGUGUUCUUCGUUCGUCGUCGAUCUACGAAGAGACUGUCGAGAUUCUGUAACGGCGAUUGUGGUUUAAUCGUCAACCACGUGAUUCUCACCUAUAAAAAGCCUUCAUUCGUUUAGUUUGUUCUUAUCAAGCCAACUGCUCAGUCCCGACUCCUCCCUCCUCAGGUAUGAAUCCCUCUUAAUGUUUCACUCCAAGUCGUUUGAUAAAUAAGCCUCAAUGUAGUUGGCCGGAGAUGUUGGAGGAAAAGACGGUUUGAAGAAUCUUCACGGUGUGUAAGUUUCCGUCGGAGUGGAGAAACACUGGAAGGGACAUGAGUCGAUUAGCCAUGUCUUGAUUGCGUCUAACCCAUACCGUAUGACGAGUGCAUCAAGGACUGUGAUAAGGCUGUUGAAAAGGAUAGAAAGCUUAGGCCUGGAAAGGAACAACUCGAAAAAGUAUCCACAGGUAGCCGCCAAGAACGGCUGGUUUUGUUGGCUCUGCUACUGCUCCGCACACCAUCUCCUCUGAUGCGCAUGUGCUCUCCUCAGAGCUGCGACCAAAGCGUUGGCGAGCGAGGGUUGAGUCUGAAACUGACUGUUUGGAUUGGUGGGAAUCCUGUUGAAGGAAACGUUGAAACAGAGCUCGAGAGCUUGGAAAUAGAGAGAAGGGUGUGCUAUUUGGCGACCAAAGGAAGUGAGAGGAUGAGAUUUGAGACAUGCCCUUCGAAAAAAAUUUGAUCUUGUGGAAGUUAAAAUCGUCGAAGUGACGUGAAGAGGAGUGACCUGAGAAUGGCCUCUCCUUUUUGCUGGUUGGAUAUUGCUUCUAAACUGAAGCAGCCUUGGUGUUAGCGUCUGGUGCACGGUAUAAACCAAUGUACGCAUCACUUUAACCCGUUAAAUCCCUUUCAAGUUUUAUCUUUGUACCCACAAACAAAACAAGGUGGAGACGUUGAAGUUUCUUUAAGCUUAAAGGAAGAAAUAGUGGUGGAGGAAGCAAACUUAAGUUAUGAAGAUAUGGUUUAGUUGAGGAAAGUAUCGAAUAGAUGAGGGAGGGCAAGUUAUGGCUUUAUAUUGUUUGUUUCAUACUUUCGAUGUUAUUUUUUCUUUAAAUUUCUUAGUAAUUAAAUAUCAUAAAGAGCUCAGAUAUUACUGAAUACUUUUGUAAUACUAAACACUUGGCCAGUCGUUCAAAUUGUUUUACUUGGAGGAUGCAUUAAAGAACUUCACUUGAAGCAGAUAUUAGUUCUUCUGAAUUUCACUUGAAAAUUUUAUAAGAAAACCAAUUACGAGAAUACAAUAACAUUGUUGCCUUUUCACGUUUUAUCAACUCAACCAUGAUUAAAGAAAAACUUAAACUUUUCCUAUUCUAAUAAUUGAGUUUAAGUUAAGAAAAACUAAGAUACUGAGAAAAAGAAAAAAAACAAUUUACACACUAUCAAAACAAAUGAAAAAAUAAAAUAUACAACAUUAAACAUAAAAUGGAAAAUAAUUUCAUGAUAUAAACAAGAGACUAAAUUUAUUGUAUCUAAAUAGAUGUAUUUAAAAAAUUUCAUGAAAAAAUAUCUUCCUAGCUAAUCUCGAAUGGCACAUAGAAACAAUUAUGAAUUCUUUCCCUGAUAAUCUGAAAUUCUGUGUUUAAUGUUAAGAUCAAGCAAGAAAUAGUCUAGAAAUCCUUAUAUUUGUUCAUAAUAAACAAUAUAGCUUAUUUUAUCUGAACCAAGUAUCACCUAACAAUAAACUUUAAAAAUAAAACCGAUGAAUAUCAGGAACAUGUCCUAACCCUUGAACACUAUGUCCAAUCCAAUUGGAUAUCUAAUGUUUUGAUUGCCAGUUUUUCAUCAAAGGUGAGAUUCUCUUUUUGGAAAAUUAUUCAAAGGCCUUACAACUGGCGAGAAUCUCAAAAAGAAUCGUAUACAUUAGUUGUUAGAUACAAAUUAUUCAACAAUGACAUAACAAUAUUGUCGUCGCAAAAAGUCAAAACAAAAAUUACUUACAAACAAAAGAUACAUGAACCAUUUUCUUGAGUUUUUUCUUCUUUUUUUGUGUCUUUCAUUCACAUCUCUUGCAAAUAUGAACCUAAAAUACCAACCACAAAAUUAUAUAAGAAAACAAUAAUCUAGAUCACAAAUAAAUCAUAUCCCGCCCGUAGGGCGGGCCGACUCUAGUAGUAAAUAAAUACAUCCACAUGUUAACUGGUAAAAAGAGGUUACUUCCUUUCCAAGCAUCCCUAGGUGCUACCUUGGAAGAGUUAUAUGAAAAUGAAUAUAAUAUAUGGGUAGUGUUGGUGUUUCUUCAACGUUCAAAAUAUCUGUUUCACGCUUCGUAAUAAUUAUCUAACUAAAAAAAGGUUUUGGGGUUUAUUAGGAACUUGGAAAUUUUAAUAGAGCAUGCAUGCAUCCUCAGGCUUUGUCUGGCUCCUAAUUAAUCAAGAGGAGGAACUACUAGGAUCUAGUAAGAACUACUGGAGUGUACAAUGGUAAAAGAGAAGACGUACAUGGUUAGCAAAAUAAGGUGCUAAAGGAGUGGUCCCCGUUUGUUUGGAGACUUGAGAACACCUUCAUUGCUACCUCAAGCCCGUUGGGUAAUCACUUGGAUCUCACGUCACCACUCUAUCCUUCACAGAAGAGGAAGACUAUUAUUAUUAAGAAUGGGGAAUAUAGGAGAUAAGGAGUGCUUGCUACUUAAUUAACUGGCUUAGUCUAUGACCAAAUUGAUUGAUGAAAGACCUUCUUGUACUUUGGUGGAAAAUCGUUUGGAGCAAAGGUGGCAUUCCAAGGUAUAAUGUCUUAGUGUUGGCUGCUCGUCCUUAAUAUAUUUCCUACUAACCAAGUAGUACCACCUAGUGGCGAGGAUUGACAUGUAGCACAACGUAAACUCGUCUAUCCUGAAUUUGAUUUUAACUGAAACAAAAUUACUGCUAUUUAGUCAAAUUGAAUUUGAGAUUCGUCAAAUGCAUUUUACAUCUUAGUCCAAUAACAGAUAAUAUAUAUAUAUAUAUACCUUGGCAUUAGUGGGAAGACAUUUGGCUCGGGUCAAUGCGAGAAACCUAUCCAAAUUGCACCCAAUCUAUCGCCAGCCUCCAUCCUAAAGAUUAAACUCCAGCAAUAAUUUUUUUUCAGUUGGGUGUUUUAGUUUUACUUCCUAACAUUUGUUGUACUAAUCAAAUCCAAAAGAUAAUUGUUUUUUCCAUCACUUUGUAUAUUACAAUAAAUCUUGAAAAUUGAUCCUCGCGGGAUUAGAUUUAUAGCGGUUUUAGAAUCCUUCCAUCUUAAAAAAAAAAAAGCCUUCCUUCCAUCUUCCAAGUAACUCGUAAAAUCUUAUGCGUCUUAUCUAUUUGUUUGUUCUAUAUUGCUUCAGUUUUCUUUCAUUAUUCAUACAUUUUUCUUUUUCUUGUGUGCUUUGAUUAUUUCCAAAAGACUCUCUGUGUUGCUUCUUGAUCUCGCGAAUUCAUUCAUAAGAAUAGUUUAUCGUUAGUUGCUUACAAACACAAGAGCUUCUGUCAAAUUUCAUGUUCUAGUAAUCUAGUGAGAAACAUAUAAAAUAUAAUGAAACGUAUCAUUCUUGAUCAGAAGCAUCCUUAAGUAACCCCUUGAAUAUCAGAAUAGGUCGCAUCAAAUAUAUCAAGAGGGUAACCACUUUAUUCAUAUUAUUUUGGCAUCGAACAUAGACGUUGUCUGGUAAUGGUUAAAAAAGUUAACUGUCAUAAAUUAACCAUGCUCCAUGCAUAACAUAUGUGUAUCUAUGCAUGCAUGCAUAACGAUCCCAAGAAUCAGAGUAACAAAAUUUUGAAAUAGUAUUUCAUGAAAGCAAUCAUGUUUAUAUAUUUUAAUAUUUCAACCAAAAAUCAUGUUAUAUAUAUAAUUAUUCAUUAUCUAAUAGAUGCAUAUGUAUUGGUCAAAAAGACUUCUAUUUAAGCAAAUUAAAUAAAUUAUAUAGUUUUUUUUUUUGAAACUGAAAUUAUAUAGUUUUUUUCAACUAAAUAAAUUAUAUAGUUAUCCGAACCAGGAUAAUAAUAACCUGGUAUUGUUUUAAAACCUAAAUUAAACUUUUGCUUAUUAAAAAACUUUUGUUUAUUCAGAGAUCAGUAACGAUUUUUUUAUUAAAUAAUAUAGUAAAAUAAAAGGAAACAGAACUAACGAUUUUUUUAUUGGAUGUGAAUAAUAACGUGCCUUUUGUUCAAAAAGAUAGAUUUGUUAAGAAGAGAGAUCACUAUCCACAUCAAGUAAAUUCCUAGCAAAAAUAAAAAGGAUGAAAGAAAAGGAAACCAUAACAAACAAAUGAUUUUGCAGCAGAAUAAUACAAGAUGUGAUAACGAUUAUCUUAUAAGAUAGGAAAGAUUUUCAUGUUAUUACUUUGUAAAAAAGUUCAAAAAAUAAAGGAAGGAUAAAUAAUCAUAAUCCUGUUAGAAAUGAGUGUCAAAACCAAUUUCAUAUUGGUUAAUGAUAAGGUAAGAUGCUAUAAAUACAGACGAUGGUCGAUCACAAACCUCACAGAACACUUCCCAAAGAGCUUUUAAACCCAAACGCACCGUAAGACACGUAAGAGAAGAUGACUGAAUACAACGACAUGUAUGAAUACAACGACAUGUACAAAUACAACGACGAAGAUGGAGGGAUUCAGUUUGAACCCUACGAAGACGAACUCAUCAACGAAUAUUUAAUCCCCAAAUUGGAAGGUAAACCGCGUAGAGAGAUCACUAUGAAGGAUGUUUACUCAAAGGAGCCGUGGUUGCUGGACCAUCCCAUGGGUUCGUUUUUCAAGAAGAACGAGUGGUACUACUUUGUGACAAGGACACAAUUCGCCAAAAAGAACAUUGGUUGUGGUCAGAAAGCGAAACGGAAGAUCACCCGAGACGACGAUAGUGGGUCUUGGAAGGCUAAUGCGAAAGAAAAUAUCACAGACAAGGAGAAAAAGAUGGUCAUUGGUGAAAAGCAAACAUUAGCUUUUUUUAGUAGCAAAGUAAAUAACAAGAAGCAGAAGAGUGGAGACGGUACUUCUUGUAAUGUAUCACGAGACAGCGAGAGCUGGAUUAUGACAGAAUAUAUGCUUCCGGAAGAAAAAGGUAAGUUUCAUGAACUGGUCAUCUGCAAGAUUCAUGUGAUCAAGAAUUCCAAGAAGAAGGAUGAUGAUCAUCAUGAAGUUUGUACUUCUAGUAAUCAUCAUCAUUAUGUGUCUGUUCUAGCUUCUUCUUUCUCUGAUCAGCAGCUGCAACAUCCGAUCAAUGAAGCUCAGCUUCAUGAAGCGUCUACUUAUCUUAAUCAUAUUGACUCUUCUACCUCGGAGCAGCCGCCGAUUAAUAUUGCUGAUCGUGGAACUUUAUUAGAUCCUUUCUUGGAGCAGCAGCCGAUCAAUAUUGUUGAUCAUGCACCUUUACUAGCUCCUUUCUUGGAGCAGCAGCAGCCGAUCAAUAUUUUUGACCAUGGAACUUUUCUAACUCCUAAUUACUUGGAGCAGCCGAUCAAUAUUUUUGAUCAUGGAACUUUUCUAUCUCCUUACUUGGAGCAGCAGCCGAUGAAUAUUUUUGAUCAUGGAACUUUUCUAACUCCUAAUUACUUGGAGCAGCAGCAGCCGAUCAAUAUUUUUUAUCAUGGAAGUUUUCUAACUCCUAAUUACUUGGAGCAGCAGCCGAUGUAUUUGUAUGAUGAGUCUGUUCCAGCUUCUUUUUCCUUCGAGCAGCAGCCUAAUAAUGUUAUAUGCAAGAUUCAAGAGAAUAAUAAGAAGGACGAUUAUGAAGCUUUUAUUCCUCAUCAUUAUGAGUUUCUUGCUGAUUCCUUCGCAAUGCAACAGCCGGUUAAUGAAGCUCAUCGCCAUGUUGCGGAGAUUCCGCUCAUAGGAUCAGAAAAUAAUGAUCAAGUGUUUGAAGAUUCUCGUCAAGUAUCGGAAAAAGAUGAACAACUUUACAUUGAUGCUCCUAUUGAAGAAGAAGGACGAGAAUGGUUCCAAGGAUUUGUAAAUGAGUUGAAGACGAUGAAUACUUCGAGUAUGCCUAUGGAAGAAGAUGUUGACACUAUGAUGAUUUACGAUACGCCGUGGAUUGACCAGGACUCACUUGAUCAGUACGCUACUCUCCGCCCCCAAGAAAGGUCUGAGUCUGAGCAAUGAUCAAGAUUUUAGAUAUUGUAGUGUAAAAUUGCUUUGGUUAGAAGACAUUGCAUUUCAAUUAUCCAGUUGUUGUACGCUUGUUUUCAUUAUAUAAAAAAUACUCAUUCUUCUUAUAUUUAGUUUUCGGUUGGUUGUGUCAUGUGUGUAAAGGUUCGAGCCUUGGUUCAAGUCUCUUAGUUGAUUUAAACUGAAGAAACAAUAACUGAAAUUCUGCCAACCAAUUUAUAUCACUAAAUACAUUACAUGUAAACCUGAAGGGAAGAUGUUACUUCCUUUCCAAGCAUCUCUUGGUGCUACUUUGGAAGAGUUAUGCAAGUGAAUAUGAUAUACGAGUAGCGUGGAUCUUUCUUCAACUUUGAAAAGAGCUGUGAAUUGUGAUCAUUCAAGCUUUUUAUAAUACAUUUUAUUGAUAAACAAUUUCACGUACAGUUUCACGACGAAACUUUCUACGUAUCAGUUGGAUUGACAGAUGAUUCUACAUGUACCACAUCACUGUGCUAGAAGAAGUGGAUGAAGUUGAGUCAGAGCAUAUGAGCUCUCUCAGCUUGACAAGGGGUGGGAGAGAGACAAAACCUCCUAUCAAAUUUCAAGACUUGGAAUGGAAGACAAUACAAGGGAAAGGUAAACGUGGCCGACAUGGUCGUGGAUCUUCUCAUUAGCUACUCUCUUUCAUUUCUUUGGUUCUUUCUAGUUUCGGCCUAAUAGCAUUUGGUUUGAAACUUAUCUUAUCAUGAAAUAUGUUUCAUGCAAACUUUACCAAACUCUAAGGUUUUGUAACCUUACCUUGUAAUCGUUUAUGUUUUUAAUUGAAAGCCUUUAGUCAAAAAAAAAAAACCACGAUGAACGCACAACAGUACUUUGAAACUUUCAAUAAAGUUAUAUUCUAUAAUCUGUGAGAAUUUAUAUUCUCUGAAAAACAAAUCCAGAUCUUAAAAACGUAUAAAUUUGAUGGUGCUUUCCACAGCUUCGUAAUAACUAAAAUAGAGGUUUCGGGACCAGAGGCGGAUGCAGAGUGUGACGUACGGGGGCAUGUGCCCCCAACUAAUUUUUUUUUCUUUAACAAUUACUAUAAAAGUAUAGAAGUGCUCCCAACCUGAAAUGGAGUGCUUAUUUUUUUAUUUUUGUUUUCUUUUCUCUGAUUAAAUUUUUUUUUAAAAUCCACUAAUAACGAACCGUCACGUGGUAGUGGGAUCCGCGAACAGUUGAAAAUCCUCCAUAAAAUCGCUGCUUAUUUAGAAGCACCCCUAUUUUCGAAAAUGGUGGGAUCCAUCCAUUAUUUUAUUCUUAUUUUUUAAGCAUCCUCCCCUAAGCCUCCAUGGUUAAGGAA